CAUACCUGAGAGGUAUCAUCAUCAUCAUCAUCAUCCUGUGUGGAGGAAGAGCAUGGAGCAUGGAGAAUGGGCUCCCAGGAGUAUUACCACAGCCUGUGUCUGCUGCAAUGCGCUGCCAAUUGACAGAUUUUCAGCUGCUAACUAGCUGGAUUUAUACGUUUACCAGGUCAUGGAGGAUAGAUGGUAAUGACAGCAGCGUGGAUACCAACCGGCGGAUGGUGGAGCAGAGCAAUCAUCAUUAGAUCAGUGCUGAAAAUAUAACUAUCUACAUGGUCCAAAGUACUUGAAAAGCAGAGUAAACAAUGCAGAACAACAUUUCACUUCACAUAUGUAUCCCGAAAAGCGGUUCAACGGCUUCCCCCAACAUCGGGGGCCUUCCCAUCUCUCACCUAUUCGAAAACUGAAGAUGGAAGUGGCACUGGAACUGGACAGGGCACGGCCGUGGAGUAUGCAAAAUAGCUAUCUAAUGCUAGACCUUUUACUGAGAACAAGUUUGACGUAAAACACUGUGCUGUGUGAUCGAUUCUAGGAACCUUGUAGUCGAGUCUGUUGAUCUAAUCCCGACGACUGAAUUGAUUCGAAUGACUGAAAUAUUUAUUUCCCGUUGGCUAAUGCUAGACCUUUUACUGAGAACAAGUUUGACGUCAAACACUGUGCUGUGUGAUCGAUUCUAGGAACCUUGUUGUCGAGUCUGUUGCUGCCAUCGGAACGAUAUGUCAAAAACAAACUGCUUGGACUGUAAAAUACAGACAAUCAUCCGAAUAGUCUAGCGUUUUCUUUCAAAUAUCGCAGUAUCGAUACCAAAAAUAAUAUCAACAACAAAUAUUUAUCGACAUAGUACGCUUAUUUGGUCCAUUUGGUCACUCUACGAACAAUUUGGUAAUUUUUUUGCAUUGUAAUUUGCUAAAAAAAAAAACAAAGCUACAACUGGAAAUGUCGGGAAUUUCGAAGAAAUGUAGGAUCUUUGUGUCAGAGCCCAUUGGCGACAAGGCUGUCACAGAGUUGGCUGGAAUUGGACCGACGCUGGGCGGACGCUUGACCGAAGCUGGAUUCAAAAAGGCAUACCAGGUGCUCGGCCAAUUCUUGAUCUUGAAGAAAGAUAAGGUACUGUUCAUUCACUGGAUGAGGGAAUUGUGCCGCGCCAGCUCUAAGCAAGCUUCCGACUGCUACGAUUGCCUCAACGAUUGGUGCGAGGAGUUCUUGUAAGGGACUUCUUAGACUUUGGCUUCAGUCGGCUCAGACUGGAAAGAAAACGAAAUCUCAUUAACAAAUAAGAACUAGUCAUAGUCCAUAAAUAGCAAUGAACAAAUACAUGUACUUACAAAGAGGCCAUCGGUGGCUUGCGGUAGCCUGAAAUAAAGAACAUUCAGUUUUCAAGAUUACAAAUCGAGAAGA